AUGUCUGAUGAAGACCAUCAUAAAAGUCCUUAUGCUUUAAAGUCACUAAAUAUUGGUGGUGUAACACAGUUUGGACUUGACUUUAUGCAUUUAGGUUGUCUUGGAGUUAUGAGAAGAUUCUUAUUAUAUUGGAAAGGACCAAUUGGUCCUCUAAAUGUUCGAAUUAGUUCACGAAAUGUUUCUAAAUUGUCUGACAAGUUGUUGAGUUACGUUGCAUAUACUCCAUAUGAGUUUGCAAGAAAACCAAGAACUUUAAGUGAGAUAAUGCAAUGGAAAGCAACUGAAUUUAGAUUGUUUUUGUUGUAUUUAGGUCCAUUUGCACUAGAUGGAGUUCUACCAACAAAUUUGCUUGAUCAUUUUUUGUUGUUGUUUGUUGCAUCUAGGAUUCUUACUAGUUCUGAGCUCUCAAAGAACUACACAGAUUUUGCAAACAAUUUAUUAGUUGAUUUUGUCAAUAAGGCUGCUAAUCUUUAUGGACAAGAGUGUCUAGUAUAUAAUGUGCAUUCAUUAGUUCAUAUAGCACAAGAUGUAAAAUAUUUAGGACCAUUAGAUGAGUUUAGUAAUUUUCUAUAUGAAAAUAUGCUUGGUCAAAUAAAAAAACUAAUUCGAAAACCUCAAACCCCCAUCCAACAAUUACUGCGUCGACUUGAAGAAAAACAAAAUUUUCACAAUGAACGGGAAGAUAUAAAAAAGACAUUUCCUAUCUUAACAAACGAACAUUUUGAAGGAAUUCUUAUAAAUACCGAAGAAUUUAAUGUAAGACAAUAUUUACAGCUUCAAACAGAGCGUUGGUAUUUUAAAACAUCUGAAGGUAACAACUGUUUUAUUGCAAAAGAUGGAAGUGUCAAUCUUAUUCGGAAUAUUACUAAAAAAGGAAGUGAUAUAAAUUUAAUAUGUCAAAGCUUUAACACUGUUUCUGAUGCUUUCUCUUUUCCAUUGCCUUCUUCAAGACUAAGUAUUUGUAAAGUACUUAGAAACAAAUUUGCUUCAUUGAAAAGUUGCCAGAUAACCGAUAUUGUUAGUAAAUGCAUGUGUUUACCUUACUCAGAAGAUUUCUUCAUUAUUAUUCCUAUACUGCAUUGAUUUAAUACAAUACUUACAACACAUCAUAUAAAGAUGAGCAUUUGAAUGCUCGAUUUUCUCUGAAGAGAAGUAAAGAAUAUUUGUAAUGAAAAUGGCUACAAAGACGAAAAGAACGUUAUUAUGUUAAAAUAUAUUGUGUGAACUUAAUUAUAAAUAUCAUGACAAAUUUUGAUUUUUCUUUAUGUUAAAAAGUUAAAGAUGCUUUUUUGAUCAGCAUUAAUGUUUGAUCUUUAUUUAUCAAAGUUUAUGCAAACUUAUAUAGAGAGAAAAAAUUUAUAAUUGC